CUCCAGUUUUACUCCAGUCUGUGGACAGCAGGUGCUCUGCGCUCUGAGGAUAAUGCCAACAUUGCGCCUGUGUUCGCUUUACGCACGGCCUUCCAGGUUACAGUCGCAGGUUUUCAUGUCUUAAUAUUUUUCAUGCCACAAAGAUGCCUUUUCCGCCGAUCAGCCUCCAGCAGCGGAUCUCCUCUCCUGGCAGGGAUCUAUUUGGGAAAAAGAAGGCCAACUCAGACCACCCUCUGACUGAUCCAACCGGCAAAUCGGGAUCCGAGAAGGAAAAACAGUCCAGUUCUUGGACAUCAGCACACCUAAGGAAUCUAGGACGGAGAUCACAGCAGGAGAAGAAUAAAUGCCAAGCUCAGAAAUCCAGUUCUGGUCAAGAAACUCAGGGAAAGUGCUCCUGGCUAUCGGUACCCAAACCACAAGAUUCAUCUCUGGGAAUAAGGCGCUCCAGUUCCAUGGACUCCGCCAGACAUCUCAGUGGAAAAGAGGAGACAAAGAAGGAGAUUCAGUUCUCUCUCAGUCUAACCCCUGAAGCCAUUCUAGUUAUUAAAAAACGAAAUCUGGAAAAACAGAUGAUGGCCAAACAGCAGAAGUGCUGCGCCUCUGCUGACUUUCGGCACCGUCGUGUUUUCCCGUCCAAAAAGGCGCACGGUGCGUCCAAGUGCUGCGCACCUGGCGCCAAGGCGGAGAGCGCGGAGCAGGACAUCACAGCUAUAGUUAAAAUAUCUUUGCUGAACGAUCAGUACAAGUACGAUGAUGUGGAGUACGAGGACGAGGACGGAGAUGUGGACGAGACUGUUGUAAGGAAAUGUAAAGAAUGGCUGAAAGGAGUGGAGAACGCAGCUGCUUUGGGGAAAGCAGACAAACUUUCAGCACUUCCGCACCUUAAAGGCUGCUAACAUUUGACUUCAAAUCCUUCUUAAUAUUAAAUUGAGAAAAAAAAGGAUGAUUUAAAUAAGUAUUAUCCGUUUUUUUCUUCAGGUUUCAUGCAAAUAAUUUACUGGAUAUACAAGAAUGUCAGCUGAUUUCAAAAGAUGUCUCUUUGUGAUGACGUUAUCUUUGGCAAAAAGAGCAAAAUACUUUUGAAAAAGUUUAUUUGGAUCUUAUAUUCUGCUUUUUAAUCUCUACUCAAGUUUUUUUUUUUUUCCAAGAGUAGAAGGAUUUGUGAGGCGUCUGCAGACUGAAUGAGGGGUCAGUGGAGGCACCUAAAGCUCUCCUUUUGUGUUAGGGAACAAUAAACUGUUGGAGAACAUGAGUGCUUUAUGUGCUAACUGAGACUCAGCCUGGGUUUGGUACUUUCCUUUUCAACUCUAAUUUAAGGCAAAUUCAGUUAAAAAGGGACUUCAAAUAAGAAGAUUGAACCACAUCAAAAAAGAACUCUCUUAUUAAAAAAUAUAUAUUUUUAAAUUAAUGCCUUUUUUUUCUAAACAUAUGGACAUCAUCCAAGGUGUUUAUACAACAAUAUGUACCACUGAUGUCAGCACAUUUGACAUUCUGAACACAGAAACAAAUUAAAGUCAGACAUGGAUGUUUAAUUUGAAAUGAUAAUUUUAAAAUGUGCUAAUCUUUCUGCAUAUGUUGUCCUGGACAGGGAUGGUAAGAGAGAAGAAGUGCAGGUACAAUAAUUAGUAAAUUAGUUGGACGGAAGAAUAGAUGGAGGGAGGAUGAAAGACCCCCCAAGAAAAAUUAAAAAAAGCAUUUCAAGAUGUAAAAGAAGACAAAAUAUCCAUCAUACUUUAGUUAAUUUGUCCCAAUUUGUGUAAAUCCUGAUGAACUGUUAAACCAUUGUCUCAUAAAAAAAUAACACACUUACGUCCAUACUUUGAAAAAUUAAAACAUGCUUGACAAAAUUAAAUAGUUUUAAUUUGAAAUCUAUUUAAAAAUGUGCAUAUAAUUCUGAAUUUGCCCUAUUUAAUAAUGACCAAUUAUCUGUAUGGUCAUAUAUGUUCUCAGAUGAAGUGUCUUUUUCAUUUUUAAGUAAAAAGAAAACUGAAUGUUUUAAAUAACUUUUGUUCUUUUGCUGAUGUCUCUUACCCAGACUGCAUUUUUAUAAAGGCUCUUUGUUUCUACUGUGCAGCUACCUGGAGCCAUUUGGGCAUUAGCAUUUUAAGCUUCUUAGAUGUCCCGUUAAGCAGGGUUGGCCAGUGUGCUGCAUGCCCAAUGCCCAGGUGAACAAUCCCUUCAGCUACCAUAUGAUGUUAGAUUAAACUUAAUAUACCACUAAUGUUUACACAAAAAUUACACUAUAUUAUUUUCUGCAUCUCUGUUUCAAAGUGAGGUAUUUUUUGCAGGGUUUAUCCUGACGUACUCUGUUGUUUUCUGUUAUGAGAACUUUGCUUUUACCCUGGAUGUGUGCUUCUCAGGGAAAAACAGCUGAUCAGGAAACAUGAUGGCAAAGUACAGCCAAUGUCAAUGGAAGAGCAAUAAAGUUAUAAAAGGACUUUCUCUUCUGUGUUUAUUAAUUUUACCGUGGUAUAUACGGUUGUACAUACUGUAGUAGAACAUGAAACAAGUCAAAUUCUAAGUGAAAUGGGACAAAAUGUCCAUUUGCUUUUUUAAAAAUGUGUUUGUGUGCAAGGCGAAGGUUCUUUAAGCCACUUUCCAGCUGUUUCUACAAACAAUGGUAUCUUUGAGGCUGUCGGACAGAAUAAGUUAGCUUGCUGUGUUGAAAAUACUCCCACUGCAUCAGCUUAAAACUGCUGUUUUUUGUACUAAGAAAUUUACAUAAAUUUACCACUGAUAUGGUAUUCAAUGGGAGUUGGUUGGAUAACGAUCAACCACUGGGAUUUCUUAUAAUAAAAUUUAGUCAAAUGAGUUGGAAUCACAGACAGUCUACAGGCAGGGGUAAAAUUACAUAUAUUUGUAAAGAAAACUGUGCUGGUGUCAAAUUCCUGUGGUAAUUUCCUCUGAUAUGUAGAAAAAAUGGUGUCCAUUUUAAAGUUUAGUUGAGGAAUUUUGAGAUCAUCUCAUUUCAUCCACUUUGUUCCAUGCACUGAUAGCACAGGGAGCCAAAUGAUUCAAAAAAUACGUUUCCAGCAUUGCAUUGGUUAAAGUGUUUGUUUGAGAGCCUUAUUCUGAGUUCUUCCUAAAUUGUUCAUAUCAUUGUUCUCAAAAAGAAUCAUCUUCACUUAAUCUGACCAUAAAAGACUUUGUCUAGCAGGCAUUUAGCUUGUCCGUUAAGACAGCUACCAAUUCUAUCUGAUGUAAAGAUGUUUAUUUGGUCCAGGCCUCUUUUUCUCAAUUUUAUCAGUCUGCAUCGACUCAGUCUCUGUACACAGCAAGGGUAUCAUAAUCUUCCAGUUUAUAACCAACUAAGAUCUUGGAGGUUCUUGGGUUGUUCUUCAGCAUCAUCAUUUCAUUUUAUCUAAGUGGGACAGCUUGAGUCAGAUGGUUGAAGCUUGGACAAAAGUGAGAAGCACAACAAAAUGGCAACAAUUACCAAAUCUGGUUUUGAAAGGAGCAAGAGACACUUGAUUCUGAAGUGGACUUCCCUGAAAGCCAUGUCUUAAACCCAGAUCACUUUAAAAGUGUGCACUUAUAUAAUAUUUCCUGUUCAAAUGAAAUGUCCCAUUUCUGGAUAUCACACUGGUCAAACAUUCAGCCAGAAUUAUGACAGGAUCUUUGGGAAUGCUGCAGAAGUGAACAGUUUCUCUGCAGCUGCAUACUAAAUUUGUUUUAGGAAAUAUUUGUCAUAACAAAUUUUAAUCAACAGAAUACUUUUAAUCAGACCUGCCUACAUCAUCUAGACUUUGGAUCUGGUCGGUUAGAUAGUGUCAGCUGUUUUAGGGCUAAAAACAGCUGCACUAAAGAGGCGACAAUGAGACAACCCAAAAAAACAAGAAUGGUUUUGCAGGUAAAGGCAGCAGAGCUUCUUAUUUUCCCCUU